AUGACGAACAACAUCUUCCAAAGUCGAAAAUUCUCAGGACUCUGUGUUCUCUCAAUCUUGCUUGUAUCAGUCACAAUCCUCCUCUUAACAAACGAUACAAUCGAUCUCUUCCCUUACUUGUCUCUCUCUUAUCUCCGUCGAUCUUCUCUCUCCGAUGUCCCUACUUUCACGAGUCCCACCAACGACUCUUCUUCACCACCGCCGGUGACUCAAACCGGAGACGUCAAUGUUCCGGUUCCGACUCCGAUGAUCGAUCAAGAUUUGGAAUUGGAUUGGCGUAAAGACGACAGAGAAUGGAAUAAGAGUUUGCAAGUUGAUUGGAAAAGAUGUGAGAGUCAAGAUUACAUGCCGUGUUUGGAUAACACAAAAGCUAUCAAGAAACUCAAGUCUAAGAGAAACAUGGAACAUAGAGAGAGACAUUGCCCUGAACCAGCACCUAAAUGUCUUGUUCCUUUACCAAAACGCUACAAGAUUCCUCUGCCUUGGCCUCAGAGCAGAGACAUGAUUUGGUAUGAUAAUGCUCCUCACCCUAAGCUAGUAGAAUACAAGAAAGAUCAGAAUUGGAUUCGUAAAUCGGGACCGUUCUUCGUCUUCCCUGGAGGUGGUACUCAGUUCAAAGACGGUGUUAUUCACUACAUCAACUUCAUACAAAAGACUUUACCGGUUCUUGAGUGGGGGAAGAAAGUAAGAGUGGUACUAGAUGUUGGUUGUGGUGUAGCUAGCUUUGGUGGGACUUUACUUGAUAAAAAUGUGAUCACAAUGUCAUUUGCUCCUAAAGACGAACACGAAGCUCAGAUUCAAUUCGCUUUAGAACGAGGCAUUCCCGCUACUCUCGCUGUUAUUGGAACUCAAAAGCUUCCUUUUCCUGAUAAUGCUUACGAUGUUAUCCAUUGCGCUAGAUGCAGAGUCCAUUGGCAUGGAUACGGUGGUAGACCGCUACUGGAACUUAACCGGAUUCUAAGGCCUGGAGGGUAUUUUGUUUGGUCAGCUACACCGGUUUAUCAACACGAUGAAGGGCACCGUAAUGUUUGGAAGACAAUGGAGUCUUUGACUACAUCAAUGUGUUGGAAAGUUGUGGCUAGAACUCGAUUCACAAAAGUUGGAUUCGUGAUUUACCAGAAACCAAACUCAGAUUCUUGCUAUGAAUCCCGUAAGAACCAAGAUCCACCUCUCUGUAAUGAAGAAGAAACAAAGAAAAACAGUUCAUGGUACACUCCUUUGCUUACUUGUCUACCGAAAGUACCGGUCCGUUCAACUGGAAAAUGGCCUUCUCUUUGGCCCGAAAGGUUAACCGAUACACCGGUUAGUCUCAUAACAGAACAGAGCAGUGAAGAGAGUUUCAGAGAAGACACAAGACUCUGGUCUGGAACCAUUUCAGAUAUUUACCUAAACGGUUCAGCUAUAAACUGGACCAAGAUUCACAAUGUUAUGGACAUGAAUGCUGGUUAUGGAGGAUUUGCGGCUGCUCUAAUAAACAGACCACUCUGGGUGAUGAAUGUGAUUCCUGUGCAAGGUGAAGACACGUUACCGAUGAUUUUCGAUAGAGGUUUAAUCGGGAUUUACCACGAUUGGUGUGAGUCUUUCAACACGUAUCCAAGAUCAUAUGAUCUCUUGCACUCUAGUUUCCUUCUCACCAAUCUUUCUCAAAGGUGUUAUUUGAUGGAGGUGGUAGUGGAAAUAGACAGGAUAGUAAGACCAGGAGGGUAUCUUGUGGUGCAAGAUACCGUCGAAAUGCUAAAGAAACUUAACCCUAUUCUCUUAUCUCUCCGAUGGUCAACGAAUGUGUACAGAGGCAAAUUCCUUGUUGGCUUGAAGUCUUCGUGGCGUCCAUAA